GUCAAGUUAACUACGUCAUCGUAAACAGCUGUCUUGUGUUUUGGUUUGGCAUCCGAGAGGUCAUUCUGAGGCACAAAGAAAUCGCGUAAGCCAGUCCAUUUUCUGAUACACUUGUGUUGUGAGCACGUAUUUUGAGAGCUUUGAGGACUUCCAGAAAAAAAAAUGGGUCGCAUUUUUCUGGACCAUAUUGGAGGCUCUCGUCUUUUCUCAUGCGCUUCUUGUGAUACGUUCCUCACAAACAGAAGUGAGCUAAUUAGCACGAGGUUCACUGGUGCGACUGGUAGAGCAUUCCUCUUCAAUAAAGUGGUGAAUCUCAACUACAGUGAGGUGCAGGACCGUGUCAUGCUGACUGGAAGACACAUGGUUCGCGAUGUGUCCUGCAAGAAUUGUGAUGCCAAGCUGGGUUGGGUGUACGAAUUUGCCACCGAGGAGAAUCAGCGCUACAAGGAGGGGCGCGUCAUUCUCGAGCGUGCACUCGUAACGGAGAGCGAUGGUAUGGAUGAGCACGUCGGUGACAACUGAUGUGCUGUGAGAACCGUACCACUAAAAGACAUCGUAGCUGGUGGAAAAAGGAAAUAUUGGACAGUGACCGCUAUGUUCACAAAAAACUAAAGAUCCUCAAUCACAGUAAUUAGAUGUCAAAAUUGAAGAAAUGUUCUGCCAGAUGUAUGAUUGGCUGCACUGAACUUCCAAAUAAACUGGUGUAAUCUAAUUCUGUGAUCUGCUACCCGUUGUAACGCUGACGAAGCACUUUACAGAUAGUGCCAAAAAAAUGUUUUUAACAUUUUUAAUAUUUUGGAUUGUCACUUGCCUCUGUGACUAAAAUUAGACAAUAGCUCUACACAGCUUUCACCAAAUUCUUCACGCACGAAAUAAGUCGUUAGAGGAGUGUAGAGAGAUUUCUAUGCCUCAGCUGAUGGUUUACUGUUUCACUUGCCUAUGCCAGUAUUUGUGUUGUGUGAAAUUUUGCUGAUAUCGCAGGAGCUUAGGAAGUCAUCCAGGAAGUCUAAUUACGUAAUUACCAACAUGAUGUGCAAAACAUAUCAGACAUUGGGACAAGUUAUAAAAUGAAUGUUUAAUUUUUAAGAGGCAUUGGUAAUUGGAUGGAACCCAAGUUGUUCUAGUAUUUUCAAAUGCCUUUCAAAAUGUUUAAAGUGUAAAUUGCAGUUUAAAAAGAGAAUAUAUUUUUAAUUUGCAUUUGUUUUGAUGCACAACAAUUUAACAUAAAAGUUGUUUACGUCCAUUAAGUAUUCGUGGCAUUUGUUGUCACUUGAAGUCUCAUUCUUCAUCAUUUUUACUUUGUGUAUUUUUUUAAAUAUGUCCAACUGUCCAUACUUCAAGUCACUUUUGGAUCAUUCUUGUUGGAAUAAUUACUCCAAUUAUCAGUCAACAAAUUAAGGUUCAAUAAGCAAUUGCUAAAAAACAAAAAAAAAUACACGGUGAAUUGCCUUUUCGUACCACAUAAGAACACUCAAGGAAUAGCAAACAGAUAUGGCAAUAAGGUAUUGGCCUAUGAUGCAGCCACUAAUACAUUAUGCAGUUUGACAAGUAAAGGAAUUAUUUGGGUUUAGGCCACAGCAAAUUUAGCUACUGAUCAACCGUAUUUAUGAGAUGACUGGGCACACAAUUAUAUUUUUUAUUUCCACCUGCUUGUACUUGUUUUGCCAUCAUCAUAAUGUCUGAUAACAUAGUUAUUUCAAUUAAAAUGGGUUGGUUAAAGGAUAAUCUAUGUUCACUGAACAUCCUGAAAAAACUUGUCAUACAUUGUUUUUUCGGAAUGAUUGAGUUGAAAGAAAUUUGUUCCUGAUUUUAGUGAAAGGGCUUAUAGUUUUUCUUUUUUCUGCCCUUUUUUAUAUCAAAGCUAGAAGAAAGACACCACCUGAGCUAUUUUUGAGGUCAUGGAAUGCUGCAGUUAGAGUUUCUGGUCAUCUUAGAAACGUUGGGCACCGUAGACUGUGAAUAAGCACACAAUCGCGAGUCUUUCUUUUUACAUUAGUCCCAUUAAGUUGCUGGACAGUACCCCAUAAAUGUCUGUCUGUGACUACACGUAGUUUCUGAGAUGCUUCUUAUCCUGCCUACUUCUCUUGUCUGUCAUCUUGUUUCUGUCACAGUUUUUGGUGUGAGAGUGAGCGAUUUCUUAGUGUCUCAUUUUUAAAAUUGUCAAUUUUCUUCCAUUUUACACUGCAGCAGCUGAACUUGUAUGAACACCAAAACAAUGACCAACUGGUUUAAAAUGCAAUUAUCAUUACUUUUUUUAAUUUACCCUUAAUUUGCAUAUAGAAGUGACACAAAAAUUGAUCUUCACGAGUUUAAGGUCAUUUCUUGUGAUGUGUGUAGAAAACGUCCAUCCUCGCUGCAUUUUCAAAUGUGUGCGAGGUAAAACAGUCUUUGUUGAAAAGAAAUUGUUUUUAAGAAUAUUCUGUAAUUUAGGACUGUGCAAUGUUGUGUUGAGAUUUUUUGUACAUUUUAUUAUUAAACAUGUGGACCAUACAGCCACAGGAAAUCUGUUGAACCAUAACUUUCAAAUAGUUAUUACUUAUAUUAAAGAAUUUAAUAUUCUUCCGUAUAACUGCCAUAAGGUAUCAGAUGGCACAUAUUUAAUUAGAAUGAGUGUUCUUAUGUUUAAUGUGAUAUUAACUAUAGAAAUAUGAAUGCUGUAUUUUGAGAAUGACUUUCAGGUUGUGUACAUAAGAAGUGACAGAAAUAAAAGGGAAACCUUUUUUUUCUUUGGUGUGUUGUCUUGUCAGUCUGUGAUGCAUCUUUUUAAAGAUUAGUAUAAAGUAAGAGCUCUUGUGAAGGCCUCCCUUGGUACCAGUUCUCCCAGACCUGUGUGCAAGCACGUUUAUGCUAUCAGAGGAGAUCAAAUUGCUUUUUCUCUUGCACUGCCACUGCUGAGAAUAUAACUGCAGGCAUUUUUAAUGAAGUUAGGCAUCCAUACUUUGAUAAAAGUUUAUUUUCACACCAAUUGUUAUUGCAGUGUACAGAAAAGACCACUCUCAAAAGUUCUUAGUGGUAACACAAUUGACCACCCAUAUAAACUUCCAUUAAAGCCAAUUAUUAGGACAAGUAUAUUAUUUAAAAAAUUUUUGUGUUUACAUUUGAUAAACAACCCAAUUAUGUCUGAAAACUGACACCAACCAGACUGUAUUGGAAAUGAGUUUGCAAACAGCAAGAAAAAUUUACUUCCAAACACAUGUAACUUACCACAUCUUUAGGGAGUUAUGACUGAGUGCCCCUUUGCAAGAAGACACUUGAGUCCAAAAUCUGUUUCAGGGAGGUAAUGAAUGAUGUUUCCAUAGCCACUGUGAAAAUAUUUUUCAUCCACGUAAUCAGCCUGAAGAUUUUAAACCACCAGCUCAAAUGUUUCAAUGCUCAUUUGUAAAUACAGCCAAAAUUUACGACAUCAGUGUUGCUCAUUAUAGUAUUUUAAGAUUGUUUACAGUUUCACUGCAACAAUACUGAGUGUUGAUUUCUUUGUUGUGAUCAUACCUCCAUUUUGUAGUUAGUAUCCCACAGAUACUUAUUUCUCACUUUGCUAGACACUGAGAAAAUGGUCUCAGUUAUUCUGUGUCAUUGAACUUCAGUUGGCUUGGCUAUUUGCCCACAGAUUUAGUUAAAGCAUGGGAACACUGCAAGUGAAUAAAAAUAUUGUGUGUCCGCAGAAAUGUCAUUGAAAUUUCAGCAGUGGGACCACGAAGCUAUUUGUUAGCACCUCAUAUAGAAUCCAGUGCAACAGAUUUCAUGAACACGAUAGUGACUUGCAGUUGCUACAAAAAAAUACCUGAACUGAAAAGUAACUGGUUCCAAGUUUGGCAGUCUUACAAAAUAAUAAAAAUGAACAAUAUACAUUUAUGUACUUUAUCUAUAUAGAAUGUAAGUGAUAUUUGUAACUGUAGAGUUGUUAUACUAUGUACCUUGAAUUUGUAAAGUACAAAAGAGAUAAUAAAAUUUACUCAAUAAAACA